AUGAUUUAUCUCCAUCAUGCGGCUGCAGCUCCUGCGACUUCUGAUAAUGGGCCAGCCAAACUCCCCAUUAUAGACCUGGGUUAUGAAACCGAGAGAACCUACAACUUCUCAAACAUCCGUUACGCCCAGGCUCCUGUGGGAGACCUCCGCUUCCGCGCACCAGUUCCGCUCAAGGGUCAUAGUAAGCAUCUCAACACUGGUUCUGUAGGCAGCAUCUGCCCGCAGCCAGCCUCGUUGCUCAGCAAUCCUGCUCUGGUACAGUGGAUUUCGGCAUACAUACAGGGCACAAUGCUGGACUACGACCAGCUGGAACAGGAGUAUGCGAACCGAAGCUCGCCUGCCUCGUCAUCUGACCCUCGCGUCACGGAGGACUGUCUGUUCCUCGACGUCGUCGUGCCCAAGAAGAUCUUUGAUAGGCGGGGCACUGGCUCCGGGGCUCCUGUGCUCGUGUGGAUCCACGGCGGCGGUUAUGUCGUUGGUGAGAAGACGGGCUUCGGACGGUACAACCCUGCAGGCAUGAUCCAGGCGAGUCGUGACGCUGGAGAUAAUGGGUUCAUCUUUGUAGCCAUCAACUACAGACUCGGUUCAUUCGGUUUCUUGGCUGGAUCAACUCUACAGAAGGAUGGAACACCAAAUGCGGGACUCCUCGACCAGCGAGCGGCACUGGACUGGGUGAAGAAGAACAUUCACCUGUUCGGAGGGUCCUCCCAUCGGGUCACCGUCAUGGGCGAGUCAGCAGGCGGAGGGUCAAUUCUCAACCAGCUGACCGCGUACGGAGGCUCCAAAGGACCCGUCCCGUUCCAGCGGAUCAUCACGCAGUCUGCAGGCAUUCAACCUGCCGCCUCGGCAGAGUCACUGGAGUUGUCUCUGCAGACCCUCUUUGCCGCCUUGAACGUGUCGACAAUGGAGGAACUCCGCGCCGUGCCCUUGACAACCCUCAACGCCGCGAACACCCUCCUUACCAGCACGCAGAGGCUGGGUUUCUUCGGACCCGCCGUUGACGGCACCUUCGUACCGGAGCCACUCUCGGCGCUGUUGGCGCGCGGGGACUUUGACCAGUCCGUGACGGCGCUCAUCGGCAUGAACUCCCACGAAGGCAUCCUUUUCUCAGACCCGACGGUUGGGUCGUCUGCGGCCUACUCGGCGUACAUCCGCAACAUGAUACCAGGAAUCUCAAACGCCAGCGCCUCGCAUAUCGAAGAGGUGCUCUACCCAGAGGUGUUUGAUGGCUCCUACGGAUACACGAGCCAAUUUGAGCGUGGCCUCAUUACCUUCCAGGAGCUAUUCUUCACGUGCAACUCGCCGAUACUGUCUUGGGGUUUGCAGAAUCGCACAGACAACUACGUGUUCGCCGUCCCGCCGGGUGUCCACGCGCAGGACGUUCCUUAUACAUUCUACAACGGUCCGGAGACUAGAGUCGGCGGCAUUACGCCCCCGCCGACGACGUCGGCCGAGAUUAGCAUCGCAGGAAUUCUGCAGAGCUGGAUCGCGACUUUUGUUACGCGAGGCACCCCACGUGCUGAUGGUGUGCGAUCGUUCAGGCCGUACGGGUCUGAUGCGAACGUGUUGGUUAUGGGAGUGAAUGCUACAUCCAACGCCCCAGAUAUCUCCAGGGGUAUUGAUGCAGCUUUUGUGCCUGGGCGUUGCGCUUGGUUGUCUCAGGCGAUUACCGAAAACACAUUUCUUGAGUGAAGGGACGAGACAGGAGGGAGUGGGCACGAGGUGACGAGGAUAAGGGGCCAAGUGUGAAGAUAGCCAGUGUACGUAUAUGAUUCUUAUUUAGCAGAGCUGUGGACCUCCAAUUUUGUAACGCACAGCGCAGGCCAUUAGAAGUAGAAACUAUUGAUAUAGAUAAGGGAACUCGGCGGGACCCUGUAGUUUCCAAGAGCUGUUAUCGUAGGUGCUUGAUAUUAUGUGUUAUCCACCAUAUUAUAUACACAAAGGACACGGGACUUUAUCGCCUCAGAAUGAUUAGUCCUGUCGCUAAAUUCACAAGGUCGUUGUUGUCCGUAGAAAUUGACACAUUUCGUGUUUUGAUCAAGAUUUGGAAGGCGACAGGAAUCCAACCUAUAUUUUCGCACUGAAUCCGAGUUGUCCUGGAAAACUUGUCAUGAUGAAGCCCAUGGCGAUGUUGCGUGGUAGUGCUGUAGGGUAGCAUCAAUCGCAUCUGGACAGUCAGUCUUAG